AUGACAGGAUUUUUCAGCCAAGAAAACAAUGCGGUUGCUUCCUGGUUCUUAGGUCCACGCGCUGAGAACGGUGAAUUUUUCCAGAAAUUUUAUAAAGAUAUUAUCGAAAAACAGGUGAAAGUGCGACAAGAUGAUUAUUUUCCAAGGGACCCCGUAUACAUCACAGGAGAUAUAAAGAAUUCAAAUGAAUUCAAAGCAAACAUGAGAUCCCUUAAUAGUCAACUUGAUGUUAUUUCGGAGUUACUUACCAAAAAGACUGUACCGUUCUGGUCGCCACGCUAUAUGGCCCACAUGAGUAUGGAAGCAUCUAUGCCAGGUAACCUUGGCUAUAUGGCCGCACUGCAAUACAACCAGAAUAACGUUGCUAUUGAGGCAUCCCCAUUAACCACUUGGCUCGAAAUGUAUGUCGGAAAAAAGUUGUGUGAAAUGCUUGGGUUUUAUGUCCAGUGGAAUCAAAAUGAAAGUAUUGAAAGCAUUGAUGAUGAGGUAGAGACCCUACCUGAACAACUGGACAAAAUUCGAGGAUGGGGUCAUAUCACCUGCGAUGGUUCAGUAGCAAAUCUGGAAUCAAUUUGCUUAAGUUUCGAAGUUGAACUAGCCAAUGGUAAUCGCAAGAAGUUUAAAGAAUGCUCUACAUGGGAAUUGUUAAAUCUUAAGCCAAUCACAGUGCUUGAUAUACCUGCCCGAUUAUUCAAUGAAUAUGGAAUCUCCUCUCAAUUCUUGCAGGACACACUUCAUGAAUACAGCAUUCAGACUGUUGGCAAGGAUUACUUAGAGAAGUUGUUUAAUAUUACAGAAUCCACUGUUUAUUUUGCAAGUGCGACCAUGCAUUAUUCUUGGCCUAAGGGUUGCGCUAUUGUAGGAAUUGGUUCAAAGAACUUGAUACCAGUCCCUGUAGACGAUGCAGCACGCAUGGAUAUAGAUCAACUUAAAGAGUCGCUCAAAGAAUGUGUUGAAAAAAGACAGGCUGUCUACGCUGUAGUGGCAAUUAUGGGAUCAACAGAACAUGGUGCUUGUGACCCGUUGGGGGAUAUCAUAGAGCUUAGAAAAGAGUUUGAGCGUGAUCAUGGACUCAGUUUUGUCAUUCACGCAGAUGCUGCAUGGGGUGGCUACUUCCGUUCCAUGCUUAUAUCACCACAUCUUAGUUCUCCAAAAGCUCGUCGUCGACCGGGUCUUGAGGAAAAAGGUGAUUCAUUUGUACCUUUGUUAGCAUUACAUCCUCAUACCGAAAAACAUCUGUAUAGUUUAAAGGAUUGCGAUUCUAUCACUGUUGAUCCACAUAAAAGCGGUUAUGUCCCAUAUCCAGCUGGUAGUCUAUGUUAUCGUGAUCAACGCAUGAGAUAUUUGAUUACAUGGACAAGUCCAGUUAUCAAUCGAACUAAAGAAGAAAGCAUCGGCAUUUAUGGUGUAGAGGGAAGCAAACCAGGUGCAGCUGCAGUAGCUACUUUCCUUUCUCAAGAUGCUAUUGGCCUUCAUCAGAAAGGUUACGGAUUAUUGUUGGGACAAGCAACUUUUUCAUGUACUAAGAUUUAUUGUCAUUGGGCUACCAUGUCGACUAAAGAAGAUAACUUUAUCGUCACGCCAUUUAAUAUGCUUCCUGCUGAGAAGUUUGGUCCGAGCGAAGUUGAGGAUCAGAAACAAGAAAUCCGCACGCUUAUUGUUGAAAAAACAAAUGAUCAAAUCGUAAAAAGUGAAAAAGCCUUGGAACUUAUCAAGAAACUUGGUUCUGAUCUCAUGAUUAAUACCUUCGCAUGUAACUUCAAGGUAGAUGGCAAGAUAAAUGAGGAUGUUUUUGAAGCAAAUUAUCUCAACCAACGUCUAUAUGAAAAAUUUUCAUUAACUACUUCCAAAGGCACAAAUUUGGAUAAGCCUCUAAUAUUAACUUCCACGCAAUUUAAGCAGAAAGAUUACAAACAUUGCCUGACAAAUUUUAAGAAUCGUCUUGGUCUGAAAGGUGACCAGGAUCUGUACGUGCUAAUAAAUGUUGUCAUGUCUCCCUGGGUUACUGAAUUUGAAUUCCUUCGCGAAUUGACAGCAACGUUUAAAGAGACUUUACAGGAAAUUGUUAAGCUUUCAGUCUUUCGUAAUAAAGAUGAGCCAGAUUUCCAUGCAUUUGUUAUGCAAGGCACUGACAAUCUCUAUCUCACACAUUUGCCCAUGUUUCAAAUGGAAAACCACCGUCGGCAAGUGAUUAUUACAGCAGAUUUACCAAUAAAUAUAAAGGAACAAUACCUGAAUGCUCGCAAAGCAAAUCCAUCACACGUGUUCUAUCUUGGCAACCAAGAUGAAAUGAAGCUGGAUGAUAUUGCGUAUAAUGGAAGUUCUUUUAAAGGGGUUAUUUACAAGGAUUUUGAUAAAGAUGGAAAACCUAUUGAAUUUAUCAAAGAUUUUCAAGUGACCAAUGUCCGAGUGCUCAAGAAACGCCACCUAGCCACAGCAUUCCAAGAUGUUAAUUACCCGGUUGACUAUAUGCCAUUCUAUAUUUACGGUACAAAACAGGAGUUGCAUAUUGACCACAUGUUACUCAAAUCUCCAUCAAUUCAACUUUCGGCUGAUAAUGUUGAACUCAUCCUUACUUCUGGCGAAUUGACAUCAACUCAGAGAGAAAAUGGUGUUAUUGUUCACUUCACUGAAGUUCGUGAAAUUGCUUUGCAACCAUUUCCAGAAAUCAAACCAUAUCCACAAACCGAAACCACACCACCUCUUACAUUUUUCUUUCAACAUGACCGCACAUUUCAGGUGGAACUUUAUAAUGAUCCAAUGCCUGACCCGUAUCAGAGUGGGCCGGGUUUGGACAAUUUUGAUAAAAAGAACCCAAUUGCUAAAGGAACGAUCAAGUUACCGUCUAAGGAUAAGGGAUGUUUGUAUAUUGAUUCUUAUAUGGUUAAUAAGGAUCCUACUGCAGAGAAAAAGGUUAAGCAUGAUAAAAUUGUGAAUCGAUCAAAAAUCAUACCGUUGAAAAGAUUUUAUGCAGACAAGUUUGAUCAUAAGGAUGAGUUGCAUUGGUAUGAGGAAAAGGCGGAAUAA